UGGACGGCACGAGCGGCCUUUUUUUUCGCUUGUCGCUGACAUCCGACACCUCUCGACCGACAGUCCGUGAGCGCACCCUCAAGCUUCAACGCCUACGAGCUGUACAAAUACCGCGACGAACAUAAGAUGAUACCACCGCUUUUGCGCAUUCUCCAACCGAGGAUUGCUUUGCGAGCUUCUACGCUUCGUCGGACCGUGCCUCAUACCGGGGGCGUGGCGUCGGGGCGAACCUUCGUCUCGAAAUCGCGGUCGUACAUAUCACGGCCCGUCCCGAACGCUCCUCGAUGCGCGGCGCCGAGACCGGCGAUAACGAAUGCCCCCCCCAGACAAAUCAAGCCGUGGCUCCGAACGUCUCGACGAUCAUUCCACAGGAACCCCCGGCUGCGAAGUGCAACCCCGCCUCCCAAGGGUGCUACGCCCCCGGAACCGCAGGGAUUCUCGGCGAGGUUGAAAAAGUUGUCUAGGGAGUACGGCUGGGCAGCUCUGGGUGUCUACUUGGGCCUAACCGUCCUGGAUUUCCCGUUCUGCUUUUUACUGGUCCGCGCCGUCGGGACAGAAAGGAUUGGUGAAAUCGAGCAUUUCGUCAUUUCCAACGUGAAGAAGGCGAUACCAGAGUCCGUGCGAAACAGGUGGCAAGAUUACCGCGACACCCUGAAGAGCGCCGAGAAGGAACGCUUUGGAAAUGAGAACAUCAGCGAGCAGGUCGAGGUGGCUGGCUGGGGCGUCGAAGAGGCCGAGAGGAGACACAAGUCCGAGGCUAGUCUCGGGACGCAGCUGGCCCUCGCCUAUGCCAUCCAUAAAAGCUUCAUCUUCGUCCGAGUCCCCCUAACUGCUGCGAUUACGCCCAGGGUAGUUAAGACUUUGAGAUCCUGGGGCUGGAACAUUGGAAAGCGGCCAGGGAAGCGGUGAUAAGGACGUGUAUUACCGGGGAUAUCGCCUGUGGGUUGAUACCAUCCAUCGGAGAGAAAAGCUCUGGUAAUGAUAAUCGACGGGGGCACCUAGACGCGGCAUUGUACGAUCAC